AUGACGCGAGUCCACUGCAUGACCGUUCAAGAACCUGCUAAUAACGGCAAGAAUGGCAGUAAUAAGAAAAAAACUCUUGCAAAAGAUCCCGUGACUGGCAAGAUCUGGAAGUCCCCUGGUACUAACCUGACCCCUGAAGAGCAAUUGGAGCUUCCCAAGUUUAUGUGUUACUACCAACUGGGCGAGACUACGCCUUACUACAUUGAGACCAUGGGCUGGGAAAAGACGGUGGGUCGCCUGAAGGAACGAAUCUUGGAGACACGAGGCAAACGCGGCACUGCGGCAAACCUUACUGGUGUCAAGGACAUUUCCAUGUACAAAAUAUAUCCGCCUGGAAAGGACAAAAACACGGGAUUACCAAUCCAUCCAGAACUAGACGACAUGGAAGCACUCAUACCCACAAACUCGUCUUUUGAAGAUCCCAUUCUGGUACCUGCUGUAACUGAUACAGAACAAGAAGCGGCAUCAGCUGCCAAUGUGCAAGAAUUGGUCAGACAACGAAUGCUGGCUCGUAAAAAAGCAAAGGCAGCCAAGAAUGCUAGCACUACUCCUACUCCUACUCCUACCAGUACUGACAUUACUGUACAAGUCCGUACUCCAGAUGGAAAAACAAUCCCUGUCACUCUCAACCCAAAAAAUGACAAUAUUCUAGCAAUCAAAGAAAAAAUUGGUCCUCAGGUGAACAUGCCAGUGGCAGACCAAGUUCUCACAUUCAACCAACAGGAAUUGACCAAUGCAAACACACCAGAAGAUUCCGGUCUCAAAGAGGGCUCUGUCAUUCAUUUACAACCCAACACCAUUACGGUUCAAGUCAAAACGCACAAUGGCGAACUCAUCCCCGUCACUCUGAACCCUACCACCGACUCGCUUCGAACCAUUAAGGAACAUGUCGCCCCUCAUGUCGGAAUUGACCCAUCCAAUCAAGUCCUUUCCUACAACAACACAAAAUUAACCAACGACGAGGAAACCGUCAAGGCAAUGGGGCUAGAAAAUGGCUCCGUCAUUGAUUUGGCUCCCGGUGACAUUACCGUUCAUGUCAAAACUCCCUGCGGAAAAACAAUCUCUGUGACAACCAACCCAACCAACAACAUACAAUCCAUCAAACAAGCCAUUGCGGACGAGGCGGGAGUGGAACCAUCGCAACAGCGGCUUACGUUCAAUGAUACAGAGCUGCCCAGCAAUAAUGAGGAGACCUUGGAGGCUAUGGGGCUCGAGGAUGGAUCCAUUCUGCAGUUGCUGCCAAAUACCAUUACCGUACACGUUAAAACACCAGACGGCAGCACAAUUCCAGUAACCAUCCAGCCAUCCGAUGAUAUAUUAUCCAUCAAGCACGCCAUUGCUUCGGAGGCAGAUGUCGAGCCAUCGAAGCAAGUCUUGAGCUUGGACGGGACGGAGCUGGUCAAUGGCGAUUCCGCAGAGACGGCUGGACUCCAAGAUGGUUCCAUCAUUCACUUGGCGCCCGGCACCAUUACCGUCCAGGUACGAACACCAGAUGGCAACGUGAUUCCAGUUACGAUCGAUGAUCCAGCCAACACCACCAUUCAAACCAUCAAGAAGAGGAUUGCUCCAGAUGUUGGAGUAGACCCGUCCAAGCAGGUAUUGAGUUUCGAUGGCAACGAGCUGCCGGAUGGUAAGAGUGCCGAAGCCACGGGCCUCCAGGAUGGUUCUUUCAUUGAUUUGGCACCAAACACAAUUACCGUCCAUGUCAAGACUCCGGACGGCAAAUUGAUUCCAGUGACGAUGGCCCCUUCGGACAGCAUGGACUUUGUCAAGGAAAAGGUGGCACCAGAGGCUGGAAUCGAACCAGAGAGGCAGGUCUUGUCAUUCGAUGGCAACAACUUGUCCGGCAACGAGACAGCUGAUAGUGUUGGUCUUAAGGAUGGCUCUGUUAUUGAUUUGGCACCAAACACAAUUACGUCCAUGUCAAGACUCCGGACGGCACAUUGA